AUGGCAGCUGUUGUUGAGAAUGUUGUGAAACUGUAAGUGUUGGACUUUUCUACACACCUUACACCUGGGUACUUGACACUCGUCGCGGUCAUAUCUGUGUAGCUUUAACAUCGCGCACUCUCUGGCUGUGUUGUUAGCUAUCUUUGCAGCACUUGUACUGACUUGGUGGAGAGGUUUUAGCCAGCUCUGUCGGACCGUCGUGUGUGGUUCAUAUCCUGGAAUGGAAGUGUAAGUUAGCAGGCACGCAGAUGACGUUUCCGAAACAUGAAUCACGAGUUUGUGUGACUGAAAAUGCGUCAGUUUGAUCCAAAAGGUCAUUACGGAGAUAUAUAGAUUACUUGUUGUGUCUUUCUUGAGAAACAGCAACUGUGAUGCUAACGUUAGUGAAGUACAGUAGCUAGGUGGCUCGCGCGCUAACAAGCUAAAGAGAAUGAAUAUGUUAGCGCAGGUUUGGGUGCUUUGGCGACCGGCCAAUGAGUUGAAAAUGAAUGAAAGACUGACUUUUUCGAUAGUAACUUAAAAUGUGUGGUUCUAAAAUGACAGGUAGUAACUCUGGGAACGUCAAGGUAAAGUUUCUGUUACCUGGUUGUUCUUAAACGUGCUUCCGUUUCCUGUGUUUUCACCUUGCGGAGGUGCGCAGGUGGCUGCUGUUAGGACGUUCUACGGUCAGCUCUUGGUCACCAUGGUAACGUGUGCCAUUUCUUAAAUAGUGCUACUUAAUUUCGCUGUUUUGUUGUUAAACCUUUAGUCGUUUUUAUUUAAUACAACACAUUCACUGAAAAAGAGGAAUCAAAACUGCUGUCCAUAGAUUCACAAAAACUGUGAAACAUUACUGUAAUUGUGUAGAAAUGGUGUAUAUUUAUAUAUACCCGACUAUUCAUAACAAUAUGAACAUUCAGGCAAUGUAAUACAACCCAAUACAACCCCUUUACUACCAUAGAUUCAACGUUUAGGAAGCUUCUUACUUCUCCAUGUUUAUUUGAUGUGUUCAGACACAUUGUUAUUGUACUUUACGUAGGGCUGGGCAAUAUGGGAAAAAGUUUAUCGUGAUAUAUUUUUUUCAUAUGAGUCGAUAUCAAUAUAUAUCAAUAUAUAUCAAUAUAAAAAAUGAAAUUUAACAGUGCUUAGUGGUAGUAUGUCUUUCACAAUACAAUAAGCUACUGCAUCUGUGAGGUCUUUGUGUCUCUUUGACAUUUUGUCGUGAGGUGUUGCCCUAGAGAAAGCAGACUGAAUGGUCCGCUGUUUCGGCUGCACAGGCGCCAUGGGCUCUUUGCUCCGCUUGGGGUUUGUAACCUUUUGCAUUGCACAUGCUCUGCCGCAUGGCACUUCUUCAGGUGGUGAAAAAGAUUUGAGGUAUUCUCCGACUUUAAGAGAACAUGUACUCGACAUAAUUUGCAGUGCACAUUACUCUGCUUCAUGUCCGACCUCAAAAUUCCAAAAUAUCUCCACACCAUCGACGUUUUCGUGUCAGUGUUGUUGACAACAUCGUCAACUGUUGAGCCUUCAUCUGCAUUUCUGCUGGGGGUUGCACUCAUUUCCUUUUUUGUCACCGACAGUGCUGUCGGCUUCACCUGUUAAAGUGCUAUGGUUGCGUGUAGCUGCAGUCUGCUACUACACAGUUGUCUGCUACUUGGUUCCAAUUCAGCACAUGAUUGGUUCAGCGCAAAGUGGAUUUUCAAUAUAAAUUGUUAUCGUUUUAUCGCCCAACCCUAACUUUAUGUGUACUAGCAUAGAGGACAUGGUGGAAGAUGGGGGUGUACAGGAGUGUGUCAUAUUGACAGCUGCUCCUGUGUAGUUCGUCCAGUUAAUUUUCUAACAUGGGGCAGCAAAAUACUAGGAACUCCUAUUAUAAUGCAGACGCAAAGGUUUUGAGUCAAGCAGCUGCUGAUGUUUUUUUUUUGUAUCUAUCAGCAAGUCUCAUCUAGUAGACUUUGCAGUUCCAGUUUAACAGGAGAGUGCCUUGCUCCAGGGCACCCUGGCAGCCACAGUACAGCUGCAGCUGUUGCGUGAGAACAUUUGCUUCCAGACAUCUUUCACCUGCCAAUCAAGAGUUGCUGAACAACUGACACCUCUGUGAUCAUGAGCAUGUUUGUCUCACUUAAAGGGAAUGGGUUCCUUAUCUUUGCUAAAGCUCAAGGUGCUAUUUGAGUUUGUGUUGAAAACAACAUACAUGUAACUGAGCUGACUGCACAGUGUUUUUGAAUUACCUACAAAAGAGCACCUACUACUACAGUCACCUAUGAUUUUCACAGUACAGAAAAAGACAACAGGCUUUAAAGUAAACUGGCACAGAGUCAGGAAAGAUGGAAGUCAGGCUGUUGCAGCACCUGCUGAUUUAUCCCUUUUAGUCAUCCGGUCUGGUUCUGUGUGUGUGUUAGGUUGGGAGAGCAGUACUACAGAGAUGCCAUGGAACAGUGUCAUAACUACAAUGCCCGGCUCUGUGCUGAGAGGAGUGUCCGCAUGCCGUUCCUGGACUCUCAGACCGGUGUGGCUCAGAGCAACUGCUACAUCUGGAUGGAGAAGAGACACAGGGGACCAGGUAAAAAAUAAACAGAGAAAAACAUGUAGUGUACCACAUCAACAACUGUAUGUUUAUAGUUUCAGUUUAUUUGGUUGAAUUUGUUGAAAUAUGCUCCAGCAGUCACUACAAUGUUCUGGGUUGAGGAUCUGUACUGUUGAAACAGCUGCUGUGCUGAUUUGAAAGUUGACGAUUGCAAAGGUUCACUUUCAAUGUUGAACCAAAAAAAAAAAAACUACGAAAAUUCCUUGAAAUCAUAUAAUGGGACAUGAGCGACAUGUGAUAAAAGUGGAAUACAUCUAAACUUUCUAUGAACAUCAUGUAAUUUACCAUACAGAUGAAUCUGCUCUCUUGUGUUUUAAAAAAUAAUGCUUGUCUGGGAAGAUUGAAGAGCAGGUGCAUAUUUUUCAUUAUCCUAGAGUUAAUAGAUAGGCUGACAUGUGCUGUGAUGAAAAAUAAGGCUCAGUGUCAUGUAGAUGGAUGUGUUCUUAUGGCCCUUAGGCAUGGCUCCAGGGCAGCUCUACACCUACCCAUCCAGGAGAUGGAGGAAGAAAAGACGAUCUCAUCCACCAGAAGACCCCCGGCUUAUCUUUCCACCUGUCAAAUCAGGUACCAGCUCAUUUCAGUUUUUUGUGUCCCCAGAUCAACUUAAAGGGUAAAGAAGCUGAGACGUGCCACGCUUUCCCAAUAUGUGAUUCAUUUGAUAUCCUGUGAUGAGCAGGAAUGAUGAAAAGAACUCACUGUUUAUUUGUGUGAUCUCUGACUGUUUUGUCUUCACAGAGCUUGAAUUAGGACUGAAGAAGGAUCCCCUGUUGUCAGCUGACGGUAGCAGCCUGGAGGCUCUGCUGAAGGGGGAUUCAUUGGAAAAAAGGACGGCUGCAGAUCUCCGGGGCUCUGAGGAGGAUUCAAACCAGAGUGACUACACUGGAAACCUGAACCCUGCAACUCGGAUUAGAAAGGUUUCCUGUUUUGUUUGCUGGAGGCAUCAUGAUGGCAUGUUUAUGAUGACAGAAAAAUGAAUUGGUAACCCAUUAUUUGUGUUCCUAAAGAGAAUCCUCGAGCCAGAUGACUUCCUAGAUGACCUGGAUGAUGAAGAUUACGAGGAGGACACACCUAAAAGAAGAGGCAAAGGGAAGGGAAAGGUAAUCAACUCUCUGAACUCUCUCUUCCUGUUUGUUUGUUUGUUUGUUUGUUUGUUUGUUUGUUUGUUUGGUUGGUUGGUUGGUUGGUUGGUUGGUUGUUUUGGUUGGUUGGUUGGUUGGUUGGUUGGUCGAUUGGUUGGUCGAUUGGUUGGUUGCUUGGUUGGUCGAUUGGUUAGUUGCUUGGUUGGUUUGUUUUUAACUUUCUUAACAUCUGUGUCCUCAGGGUCGAGGUGUGGGCAGCACCAGGAAGAAGCUGGACACCGCUGCACUGGAGGACAGAGACAAGCCCUACGCCUGUGACAGUGAGUCUGGAUGGGGGAGGGUGGAUCAGAUGACCUUAUGUUAACAGGUGUAAUGUUUGGUGUCAUGUUUGUAAUCCAAUCAAGCAAAGACUCAGCGUCAGCCUUCGGUCUUUAUUGCCUCCUUUCACAUCUUCUCCUCUUCCUCUCGCUGUACUUUAUCAUUUUCUUGCAAACUUCCUAAACCUGAUGCGUAUAAAGCUUGUCUAAAGUCAGCUUUAUUCUCCUCUUUGUCAGUGAUAUCAUACAUGUCUUGAACUUGUUAUUCAAUCUGUAUGUGCGGGGUGGAAGUUUUUCUUCUUCUUUUUAGUGUUGUUGGGCUAUAUCUGUACUGCUUGAUGUGUUUUUUCCUCUUUUGUGAAGCAUUUUCACUUUUCAGCCGGGUUCUCAGCAGUGACUGACUGAUUCUCUGUCGGUCUAUUUCUCUGAGUCUCUUCUGCUCUCUCUCUCUCUUCUCCCUCUCUUCUCUCUUUCAGACACUAUCAAACAAAAGCAUAUUUCAAAACCUUCUGAAAGAGGUAUACUUCUCUCAUUCUUUUUUACUGCCUUGUCUUUUGUCUUCACUGCCUGUGUUUUCCUCUGAUUUCUGUCUAGUAGAUUUGCUCCUUGUGUAGAUUAGUCAUAGCGUAAAUGUUGUGUACUGCACAAAUUACCCAUAUGUCCUUAACGAGGCUUAAAAGAGGUCAUGACCAUGUUGUUAUACUUCUCAAUUAAACAGCAGUCUGUGUAAUUCGAGCCGUCUCAGCCACAAGAGCUAAGCUUUGGCCCAUGAAAGUGUUUUUUUCCCUUCGAUCUGGCCCUGAACUCCCCACAGAUUUAGAUAAGCUUGAACUGCUGCUAUUUCCCUCUCUGCGCUCUUGUCUUAUGUCUCAUUGCUUAUGCGUGCACAUUGUGACUGCAUUACACCUUUUAGUCCUUGUUUUUCCCCUUCACUCAUCUUCACCACCCUGCAACCUGUUAAAUCUGAUUCCACGUCUAUCUUUGCUUUUAAGUCACUUUGAUGCAUUUUAGAUCUUUUCAGUGAGUUUAAUCUCUCUGCCGCGGCACGCAGUCGGUUGGCAUGUGACGAGCAGUGUUUCAGUCGUUUUGUUUUGCAGAAGCUAACCACCCGUUCGUGUGUCGGGGAAAUGAAAAUGAGAGAAAUUAUGGAAGUGAAAGGAGAAGUAUUUUCUCUUUGGGUGUUAAUCUUAUGACAAACCUCACACAUCCGCUGUAACAAAGACAGUGCCAUCGUUGUCCUCACUUAUAUGAGUAAAUCCUCUUAACACAGAGCUACUGGCUUUAUCUACCAUGCUACGAACAGAGUAUAGAUUCAGAGCAGAAACAUUAACAACAGCUACGGUUGUAACAUUUGAAGCCAAUCUAUAGAUUUUAGUUUGAAACAUGGAGGUGUAGCGAGUGAUGGGACCCAAAAAUAAAUAAAAGAAGGCCAAUAGAUGUAAUCCAGAGAUCCAAUCUGUGGUGCUGAGGUGCUUCCUUAAUGCUUUAUUAGAUAAAUAAAUUAAUAAAUAAAUGAUGUGAUGACGCAUGUUGUUCGAGCAUGUCCAUGAUAAUCUCAAAUUUCUUCACUAUGCCUCAUUUUUCCAUCUUAUCUCUGACCGAUGUAUCAUCAUGUUGUCAGGGCUUUACGGGUAUUAAGCCAAAAGCAGGAUUAAACAGAAGUGUCUGUUGUUCCAGAGACAUCAUCACUUUAAUGCACCCGAGUGACAUCAACGAAUUAAAUCGAUUUAGCUCGGCUCCCUCUGGAUCAACAAAAGGCCGCAUAGUUCUAGUAAUAAUAUACAAGAUCUGCAAAGAAUCAAAGAACUGACUCAUAUGGAAAUUUGGUGGAGUUCCCCUUUAAGGCCCAGUGAAGAUAUUGGGCACGUAGGUUAUAUCAUGUUCUUGUUCAGGCCGUAAAGUCAGAUUUUAUGUUCUGUUAUCUGUAUAAACACAAAGACUAAGACAGUAGAAGUGAUGCAUAGUACUCUCUGAAUCUCAGCUGUUACUAAUAUCUUAAUCUCUUAAGUGUAAGCGCCAUGACAGCAGCAGUUGAUCGAGUCCUCCAUGACUCACCCCUCUUUUCACCUACUGAGUCCAUAGAAAUUGUAAUUAUCCAUUUUUCCCCUGUUUUUAUUUAUAAGCUUUGUUUUCUGGUUUUGGUGGCAGUUUGUGGGAAGCGUUACAAGAAUCGUCCCGGCCUGAGCUACCACUACACCCACUCCCACCUGGCUGAGGAGGAGGGGGAAGAAAAGGAAGAGAUGGAGAUCAACGAGCCUCCUCUGCCGCUGCCCAGUGAGCCCAAAAGUAAGAACAUGAUACCCUGGCCAUAUUUCCCCAUUAGUUAAGACCUGGACACUGAUGCUGUCUGGGUAUUUUUAUCUUGUUCUCAGCUCCGAAGAAAGGUCCAGAUGGGCUUGCGCUGCCUAAUAAUUACUGUGAUUUCUGCCUGGGAGACUCCAAAACCAAUCACAAGACCGGCCAGUCGGAGGAGCUUGUGUCCUGCUCUGACUGCGGACGAUCAGGUGGGUGGGAGAUAAACAGCUGCCAGAGUGGAGCAGCAUCAGGGGAAUACUAUUAAUUAAUGCAGCUGACAAGGUGUGAGUCUCUGCAGCUAAGUGAAGUGAUUUAAUUUUGCAUCACACAGGCCACCCUUCUUGCCUGCAGUUCACUCCUGUUAUGAUGGCAGCAGUGAAGACGUACCGCUGGCAGUGCAUAGAGUGCAAGUGCUGCAACAUGUGCGGCACCUCGGAAAACGACGUGAGUUCACCUGCAUUCAAACAAAGUUCCUAAUAUUUUAAUCUUUUUUGUUUUUAUAAACCACUCACACAGUCUUAUCCCAUUUCUUCCAGGAUCAGCUUCUGUUCUGCGAUGACUGUGAUAGAGGUUAUCACAUGUAUUGUCUCAAUCCACCUAUGUCUGAACCUCCAGAGGGUACGUUCAAAACCUACUUCGUGAUAAUGGUUAUAUUUAAAGGGAUAUUCCAGCGUAAAAUUAAGUUAAGCUCAAACACACUAAAAAACCGAGAUAGACACCUCCGUUGAGAGAUAAAUGUUGCUUCUGUGGUUAUACCAGCGGUAGUAACAAUGGCACGAUAGCAAUACACAGAGCCACGCACUCAAAAAAAAACACCACUCUAUAGCCACAAAUAAUGCUCAGAACAGCACCUAACUUCAUCAACAGUACAUAUAGGCUCCCAGCCACAGUACUAGCCACCAAACAUCUUUUUAACUUUGCCUAAUUUCUUUAGCAAAGAGACUAAACACAACUCACCUACUCUCUUCCAGCAGCCGCUUGUUUGUACGGAGACCUCCGGGCGAGUCAAUCGACUGCAGUGGGGUGACGCAGCUCAAGGAAGAACAUUUAUGAUUAUUACUUUAUCAUUUCCUUAAAGUAAAAAUCACCAUAUUAAUCGUCUCGGUCUGAUUGCAUUUCCAUUGAGAAAUUAUCAUAAAUGUUCUUCCUUGAGCUGCGUCACCCUGCUGUAGUCGAUAGACUCGCCCGGAGGUCUCCGUACAAACAAGUGGCUGCUGGAAGAGAGUGGGUGAGUUGUGUUUAGUCUCUUUGCUCAUGAAAUCAGGCAAAGUUAAAAAGAUGUUUGGUGGCUAGUACUGUGGCUGGGACCCUAUAUGUACUGUUGAUGAAGUUAGGUGUUGUUCUGAGCAUUAUUUGUGGUUAUAGAGUGGCGUUUUGGUUGAGCGCGUGGCUCUCUGUAUUGCUAUCGUGCGGUCAUUACUAAAGUUGGUAUAAUUAGAGAAGCAAGCGGUCAGCAACAUUCAUCUCUCAACAGGGUGUCUAACUCGGUGUUACGGUGUGUUUGACCCUAAAUUAAUUUUAUGCCGGAAUAUCCCUUUAAGUCAACUGAGCUCCUCGGCAGCUUCUGGAAAUCUGUUAGAUUUAUGCAGAAAAGUUUAGGUAUCAAAAGUGUAUCCUCAUUUCAGAGAUACAAACUUGUUUUCUGAUUCAGUUUGGCACCUUUAAGCCUGUCUGAGAUUUAUUUAACGUCUUCUGCACUCAGGGAGCUGGAGUUGUCAUCUAUGUCUGGACCGUUUGAAAGACAAGGCAUCCAUAUACCAGAACCAGAACGCCCCACAGUCGUGA